CGCUAUAUUUGCGUUUGAAAGGCUCCACCAAGAAAACACCAAAGUCCCAGACAAAGAAAAAAGAGGAAUAAUCAAAGUUAAAGCUACUCGCUGCUUUCUGCUUUCUCCACACACCUUGGAUUUUUCUUUAUUAUUGUAUGUAUUUUUCACCAGUUUCUCCUCUUCUUUGUGUAGCGCAUACACUCAGCGGUUUUCUCUUCUCUGGGUUUCUGCCUGCAUUUCGUCGGCGUUUGAUUUGGAGUUGGCUGUUUUUAUCGCUUCAUUUUUUAUUUUGUUCGUAGCCCAUUAUCUCUGGCCCAAUUUGCUGUCUUUUUUAGCGACAGUUGAUCUAUCGGGGCCUGUUGCUUUUCUGUCUUUUGGGUUUAGAUCAUUUUUGUGUGGGUGGAGAUCUGCAGCGGGUUGCAUAUUGCUUGAAUUUUGAAACUUUGUAACGCAUUUAAGUAUUUAUUUCAAGAAUUUGAGUGCCAUCCUGAUGCGAAAGUUUUGAUCUUUUUGUUCGCCCGAAAUUUUAGAGUAAUUUUUAAGAUAUCAAGGUUUUGGGUUGAGGAUAACUGGCAAGUGGGGUUUAAGAUUUGUUGUUGUCGAGAUGGCUAAUGGUGUGACUGGUUAGCGAGGAGUCACUUGCCGAUGUUUGGUAAUAGUAUGGUCCCUCCAUUAAGUUCGGCAGCUAAGUCUGUGGGACCUUUAAGCUAAAGUUUGAUUCACUUUUGAGAACAAAAGGUGGGGAGUAGGCUUCCCUUUUGAUCCAAUUAUACUUCUGUGAGUUUGAUUCAUUGAAUUGAAGCAAAUCAAGGGAAAAAAGGAGGACCCUCAUUGUGGAAAAUGUCACAGAAGAAAGUCUUUCAAUCGAUCAAAUCAUUGCCUGUGGACUUAGGCUCUGUGGGUUCUUCUGGAAGUGAUAGGAUGAGUUUAUCUGAUGCUGUAUCGGGAAAUGCUGAGUUACUGAGUGAUGCUGCAGAAGGCACCGCCAAUGGAAGGGGUGAUGUUGGAUCGGAAAAUGAUGAAUCACCCUAUUAUAGUUCGGAUAUGCCUGCCAAAGUUGGGGCUUCUUCGGGUGAUGAUGGCGAUGAUGGCAAUGCUGAGAAUACUCCUAUACGGUUGAUUAAAAAAUCGCACGAUGACUCUAAGUGGAGUGACACCACCCCCUACAUGUCGAAGAAGAAGCUUCAGUCAUGGUUUCAACUUCCUGAUGGUAAUUGGGAGCUAGGGACUAUUCUUCAGACUUCUGGAAAUGAGUCAUUGAUAUCUUUGGCUGAAGGAAAAGUUCUGAAAGUGAACUCGGAAUCUCUGGUGCCUGCUAAUCCUGAUAUACUUGAUGGUGUGGAUGAUCUUAUGCAACUAAGUUACUUAAAUGAGCCAUCAGUAUUGUACAAUCUCCAGUAUAGAUAUGACCAAGAUAUGAUUUACACUAAAGCAGGGCCAGUUUUGGUUGCCAUUAAUCCCUUUAAGAAAGUCUCUUUAUAUGGCAAUGAUUAUAUUGAUGCUUAUAAGCGCAAAACCAUGGAGAGCCCACAUGUAUAUGCUAUCACUGAUACAGCCAUGCGUGAAAUGAUCCGAGAUGAAGUAAAUCAAUCUAUAAUUAUAAGUGGGGAAAGUGGAGCCGGAAAAACUGAGACAGCAAAGAUAGCAAUGCAAUAUUUGGCUGCCCUGGGAGGUGGUAGUGGGAUAGAGUAUGAGAUUCUGAAGACAAAUCCAAUUUUGGAAGCCUUUGGUAAUGCCAAGACAUUAAGAAAUGACAACUCGAGUCGCUUCGGAAAGCUGAUUGAAAUUCACUUCAGUGACACUGGAAAAAUAUCUGGUGCCAGGAUUCAAACUUUUUUACUUGAAAAGUCCAGAGUUGUUCAAUGUUCAGAGGGAGAAAGGUCAUAUCAUAUCUUUUAUCAGCUUUGUGCUGGAGCUCCAACUAUGCUUAGAGAAAAACUAAAUUUAAAGAAUGCAGAUGAGUUCAAGUACUUGAGCCAAAGCAACUGCUUUAUGAUUUCUGGGGUUGAUGAUGCUGAACAGUUUCGUGUAGUAAUGGAAGCUCUGGAUAUUGUUCAUGUUAAAAAGGACGACCAAGAUAGUGUCUUUGCUAUGCUAGCUGCAGUACUCUGGCUGGGAAAUGUCUCCUUUACUGUGAUUGAUAGUGAAAAUCAUGUUGAACCAGUGGUGGAUGAAGGUCUAAUCACUGUUGCUACACUGAUUGGGUGCAAUGUUGGGGAGCUAAAGCUAGCUUUAUCAACUCGGAAAAUGAGAGUAGGAAAUGAUACAAUUGUUCAAAAGCUUACCCUUGCUCAGGCUAUUGAUACAAGAGAUGCUUUGGCAAAAUCAAUUUAUUCUUGUUUGUUUGAUUGGCUAGUUGAGCAAAUCAAUAAAUCGCUGUCAGUAGGCAAAAGGCGCACUGGAAGAUCAAUUAGUAUUCUUGAUAUUUAUGGUUUUGAAUCAUUUGAGAGGAAUAGUUUUGAGCAAUUCUGCAUCAAUUAUGCCAAUGAAAGAUUACAACAACACUUCAAUCGUCAUUUGUUCAAAUUGGAGCAAGAGGAAUACAUUCAAGAUGGUAUUGACUGGGCAAAAGUUGAUUUUGAAGAUAAUCAAGAUUGUCUUAAUCUCUUCGAGAAGAAACCAUUAGGGUUACAAUCCUUGCUCGAUGAGGAAUCUACCUUUCCAAAUGGCACAGAUCUGAGCUUUGCCAAUAAGCUCAAGCAACAUCUGAAGUCCAAUCCUUGCUUUAGAGGAGAAAGAGGGAAAGCAUUUACUGUUCGUCAUUAUGCAGGAGAGGUUACGUAUGACACUACUGGGUUUCUGGAGAAGAAUCGAGAUUUACUUCAUUUGGAUUCCAUCCAUCUUCUUUCUUCUUGCACUUGCCAACUUCCGCAGGCUUUUGCUUCUAGUAUGCUUACUCAAUCUGAGAAGCCAGUAGUAGGUGCACUGUAUAAGUCUGGUGGUGCAGAUUCACAAAAAUUAAGUGUUACGACAAAAUUCAAGGGCCAAUUAUUCCAAUUAAUGAAACGCCUUGAGAACACAACACCACAUUUCAUACGCUGUAUAAAGCCCAACAACUUCCAAUCUCCUGGCAGUUAUAACCAAGGACUGGUACUACAACAGCUGCGUUGUUGUGGAGUCUUAGAAGUUGUUAGAAUAUCAAGAUCUGGUUUUCCUACUAGAAUGUCACAUCAAAAGUUUGCCAGAAGGUAUGGUUUUCUUCUAUUAGACCAUGUUGCAUCACAGGAUCCACUCAGUGUUUCAGUAGCAAUCCUUCAUCAGUUUAACAUUCUACCUGAGAUGUAUCAAGUUGGCUACACAAAGUUGUUUUUCCGCACGGGACAGAUGGGAGUUCUUGAAGACACAAGAAAUCGUACUCUGCAUGGUAUCUUGCGUGUGCAAAGUUGCUUUAGAGGUCAUAAAGCUCGUUGCUAUUUGAAGGAGUUACGGAGAGGGAUUGCUACUCUUCAAUCGUUUAUCCGUGGUGAAAAAACUAGAGAAGAGUAUGCAAUCUCUUUGCGGAGGCAUAGAGCAGCAAUAUCUAUCCAAAAGCAUGUAAAAGCCAGGAUUUGCAGAAAAAAGUUCAAGAGAAAAACCGAGGCAUCAACUGUAAUACAAUCAGUUAUUCGUGGCUGGUUGGUCAGAAGAUGCUCAGGAGACAUAGGCUUGCUGCAAUUUGGAGGUAGAAAGGGUAAUGAACCAGAAGAGGUGCUGGUGAAGUCAUCAUUCCUUGCGGAACUGCAACGGCGGGUUCUUAGAGCUGAGGCUUCUCUGAGAGAAAAAGAAGAAGAGAACGAUAUCCUUCACCAACGGCUCCAACAGUACGAGAACCGGUGGUCUGAAUACGAGCUGAAAAUGAGGUCCAUGGAAGAAGUGUGGCAGAAACAGAUGAGAUCACUUCAGUCAAGCCUUUCCAUCGCAAAGAAGAGCCUGGCUCUUGAUGAUUCCCAGAGAAAUUCAGAUGCCUCCGUCAAUGGAAAUGAUGAGAAAGAGACGAGCUGGGAGACACACAACAACUUCAGGCUUCACGAGAAUAACAGAGGACGAUCAAUGAGCGCUGGUAUAAGUGUCAUCACUCGAUUGGCCGAGGAGUUUGAGCAAAGGAGUCAAGUAUUCGGAGAUGAUGCCAAGUUCUUGGUAGAAGUAAAAUCAGGUCAGGCCGAGGCGAGUUUGGAUCCAGACAGCGAGCUCCGAAGGCUGAAACAAAUGUUUGAAGCUUGGAAAAAAGACUACGGAGCACGACUGAGGGAAACUAAGGUGAUUCUCAACAAGCUUGGAAACGAAGAAGGGUCGUCAGCCGACAAGGUGAGAAAGAAAUGGUGGGGAAGGAGGAACAGCACAAGGAUGAACUAAGUUGCUCUAACAUUAUUAUUACUCUAAAAGCAAACUCUUCUUUUUUCCCUUUUCCUCUACAUCUUUGCCGAUGCCAUUUGACGAAAGUAUAUAAAGUUCAAUCACCAUCUCCCUUCUUGUUGCUAAGUUUGCAUACUGCAAACAGGUCACUCCAAGUGAGAAAACAUUGUAUUCGGGUCGAAACACGGUGUUGCUAGGCAACGGUGCAAUGGUUUUGUCUGUUUCGUUGGCUCCUUCUGGUGCUUGAGAGAGCCAGAAUCAUGCCAAAAAUGGUAUUGUAAAGUCACAGUGGAUCAUUUUUUGAGAGCAAACAUUUGGUGUUCACUCUUUGCAUCUGUAUUUGUUUUUCUCUGGUCUCCUUCAGACUCAUUGGGCUCAGUUGUUUACAAAAGCAAAAGUAAGAGCAGGAGCUUUGUGCACAGUAUAGCUUACAUGAGAUGAGAGUUUCUAUUGCAGAAGGUCGGAGCAGAGCUCUGUAUAUGUGAUGCAAUGAUAUGAAAUGUUUGGGUUUUGUUUCAGAAAAGAUUGGAACAAUUACAUAAA